AAACUUUGCCGUUGGAGUUUCCCAGAGGUUGCUGAUUCCAUCACCUCCCCAGUUUCCCAAAGGUUGCUGAUUCCAUCACCUCCCUAGUUUCCUGGUCUUGCCGGCUUCAAACCCCUGAAUUCUUCUUUCUUUCCUUUUUUUUCCCUUAAUAUCUGUUUGGUAAGAUGGAAAAUGGUGAAGUCGAUACGGUCUCCCUUUUGAACCAUGAGGAACCAACAUGUGUCCAAAAUCCAGGGGAAACCCACCUUUGUCUGGCAAUCAAGGAAGCAAAAAAUCUGGUUAAUAUAGUUCUUCCCAUGGUGCUAACGGGUCUUUUACUCUACUCUCGCUCCAUGGUGUCCAUGCUCUUCCUCGGCCGGCUGGGUGAACUGGCUCUGGCCGGCGGCUCGCUUGCCGUCGGAUUUGCCAACAUAACAGGAUACUCUGUUCUCUCCGGUCUUGCCAUGGGAAUGGAACCCAUCUGUGCACAAGCUUUUGGGUCCAAAAGAUACAAACUCCUUGGACUGACCCUCCAGAGGACAAUCCUCUUGCUUCUCAUUACUUCGACCUUCAUUGCCUUUUUGUGGGUCAAUAUGAAGAAAAUUCUUCUCUUUUGCGGCCAGGAAGAAGACAUCGCCGACGAAGCUCAAUCCUUUAUUCUGUAUUCUCUACCGGACCUCGUCGCACAAUCAAUUCUUCACCCUCUACGUAUUUAUCUCAGAAGUCAAUCCAUUACUUUACCUCUUACCUUAUGCGCAUCCGCGUCCAUGCUUCUCCACUUUGCGAUUAAUUACCUUCUUGUUUCUGUUCUCAAUCUGGGAAUCAAAGGCGUUGCUUUGAGCUCUGUUUUCACUAAUGUCAACCUCGUCGGAUCGCUGAUCGUCUACGUUAAAGUCUAUGGCGUGUACAAAAACACAUGGGGUGGAGUAUCAUGGGAUUGCUUAAAGGGCUGGAAAUCAUUGCUCAAUUUAUCCAUUCCAAGCUGCAUUUCUGUUUGCCUGGAAUGGUGGUGGUACGAAAUCAUGAUUCUGUUAUGUGGAUUACUCCUGAACCCAAAGGCAACAGUUGCUUCCAUGGGAAUUUUGAUCCAAACCACUGCUUUGAUAUACACUUUUCCAUCGUCUUUAAGCUUUGGUGUCUCCACCCGAGUUGGAAAUGAACUGGGAGCCAACAAUCCCCAGAAGGCGAAACUCGCAGCCAUUUUUGGACUCUGUUCCAGCUUCGUCUUAGGAUUGUCAGCAUUGUUUUUCGCCAUGAUGGUGAGAAAAAUCUGGGCUACUUUGUUCACGGACGAUGCAGAAAUCAUUAAGUUGACCUCCAUAGUUUUGCCGAUCAUCGGACUCUGCGAGCUCGGAAAUUGCCCUCAAACGACAGGAUGUGGUGUCCUGAGAGGAACUGCGAGGCCUAAAUUGGGAGCAAACAUCAACUUGGGUUGUUUUUAUCUGGUGGGUAUGCCAAUGGCGGUGUGGCUGGGUUUCUUUGCGGGGUAUGACUUCGAGGGACUAUGGCUCGGUCUCCUUGCCGCCCAAGCUUCAUGUGCAGUGACAAUGUUGUCUAUUUUGGUCCGGACUGACUGGGAAUGUCAAUGCCGUAGGGCUCAGGAGCUGACCAACACCGUUCCUAUUGAUGAUGAUUGCACCAAUGAGGACGAAGAGCAAUCCCCUGUUUGAGAAAUUAACCAUAAAAAAAUGUUUCGAAC